UUACAAAGCUUUCCUCAAAGACUUUCUGGUUCCGGGGUUCAUCGCUCCGUCUCUAGAGUUGAACUUGUGCGAGGCGAACAUGGAAUGGGAGUUCGAAUGGACUCCAGUGGCGGAGCGUUUGCUCGCAGUAGCCCUGUACACCUUUGGUCAUCAUGCUCGGUCAGCGGAGGAAAUUUUCAAA